AGCAACAUCCGGGUCUCUAGGUGGGAAGGAGCAGAAAGGAGUCAUCGGGCAUUCAAGCGGUGAAGUAACAGAGGCUUUACCACCACUAUUCUCCCUGAUUCUUUGAGAAUGGACACAGACAGACAUCAGAAGAUGGAGAGGAUAAUAAAUCUCUCCCUAGAGAUCAUCUACCUGCUGACUGGGGAGGAUUAUGCAGUAGUGAAGAAGACAAGUGAGACACCCAGCAGCCAUCCCCGUGUGUCAGGAGGACUGAGCAGGACCCAUUGCCCCAUCCCGGUGUCUCCACAUCACUCACUGAUACAUGAGAGACACAAUGACCAGAAGAUCCUGGAACUCACCAACAACAUCAUUCAGCUGCUGACUGGAGAUGUGAUAGCUGGGAAUGGGACAUUAUACAGUAACACCAGGGAAUGUGUCUGGGAGAUGACUGGAGAGGAGGGGGAGUAUAUAGAGGAACACAGGGGUCUGUACAAGGACGUGAUGAUGGAGAAUCACUGGCCCCUCACAUCACUGGAUGGACCCAGUAACAGAGAUACCCCAGAGAGUUGUCCCCGUCCUCUGUAUUCCCAGGAUUGUACAGAGGUGAAUCACAGUAUCCCACAGCAGGAUAAGGUUGAAGAUAUGGCUGAUAUUAAGGCAGAAGAUAUAGAGGGAGAAGAAGAGACGUAUGUGACUGAUAUAAAGGCAGAAGAUGCAGAGGGAGAAGAAGAGACGUAUGUGACUGAUAUAAAGGCAGAAGAUACAGAGGGAGAAGAAGAGACGUAUGUGCCGGUUAUGAGGGCAAAAGAUAAAGAGGGAGAAGAGACGUAUGUGACUGAUAUGAAGAUAAAUAAUAUAGACAGAGAAGAAGAGAUGUAUGUGACAGAUAUAAAGGCAGAAGUUAUAGAGGGAGAAGAAGAUACGUAUGUGAGGGGUGAUCAGCAGUGUAAGGAGGAGGAGAUCCCUACAGAUAUCAGCACAGCAGUUGGACACCUCAGCAGGAAUAUCUCAGAAGGACAUCUCCAUUUCUCUUCAGAUGGUGAAAUCAAAGAUAACCUCACACAAGAUGCUCAUGGAGAAAACUCUAUUACUCCAUCUGGUCCCACCACUCAUGGGGAAUGUUCUCCUGAUAACUCAGAUAUUGGUACUUCUAUUGCAACUCUUAGAGUAGAUAUGAGUAGAGUAGAUACUUUGCCUUCUUCUAUAGAUACCAAAUCUUUUACACAGAUCACAAAGCGUAUUAGCCAUCCCCCAGCUAAGGCAGGUGACAGGCAAUUUUCAUGUUCUGAGUGUGGGAAAUGCUUUAAACGAAAAGUCACUCUUUUUACACAUCAGAGAAAUCACACAGGUGAAAAACCAUUUUCAUGUUCUGAGUGUGGAAGAUGUUUUACAUGUAAAGGACAUCUUAUUAGACAUCAGAGAAGUCACACAGGUGAGAAACCAUUUUCAUGCUCUCAGUGUGGUAAAUGUUUUGUAAAUAAUUCAGGUCUUGUUACACAUCAGAGAAUUCACACAGGUGAGAAACCAUUUCCAUGUUCUGAGUGUGGGAAAUGUUUUAGACAGAAAUCAAAUCUUGUUACACAUGAGAGAAGUCACACAGGUGAGAAGCCAUUUCCAUGUUCUGAAUGUGGGAAAUGUUUUUGCGAUAAAUCAGAUCUUAAUAAACAUCAGAGACAUCACACAGGCGAGAAGCCAUUUCCAUGUUCUGAGUGUGGGAAAUGUUUUACACAGAAAUCAAUUCUUGUUACACAUCAGAAAAGUCACACAGGUGAGAAGCCAUUUCCAUGUUCUGAAUGUGGGAAAUGUUUUAGAGAUAAAUCAUAUCUUAUUAAACAUCAGAGAAGUCACACAGGUGAGAAACCGUUUCCAUGUUCUGAGUGUGGGAAAUGUUUUAUAGAUAAAUCACAUCUUGUUAGGCAUCAGAGAAAUCACACAGGUGCGAAACCAUUUCCAUGUUCUGAGUGUGGGAAAUAUUUUAGAGAUAAAUCAGAGCUUGCAUCACAUCAGAGAAGUCACACAGGUGAGAAGCCAUUUCCAUGUUCUGAGUGUGGGAAAUGUUUUAAAGAUAAAUCAGAUCUUAGUAAACAUCAGAGAAGUCACACAGGUGAGAAACCUUUUCCAUGCUCUGAGUGUGGGAAAUGUUUUAGAGAUAAAUCAUUUCUUGUUAGACAUCAGAGAAUUCACACAGGUGAGAAACCGUUUCCAUGUUCUGAGUGUGGGAAAUGUUUUAGACAGAAAUCAUAUCUUGUUACACAUCAGAGAACUCACACAGGUGAGAAACCAUUUCCAUGUUCUGAGUGUGGGAAAUGUUUUAGAGAUAAAUCACUUCUUGUUAGACAUCAGAAGUCACACGUAUUUGUAUUUGGCUAUAUUUUACUGUCACGCCCUAAGGCUACAUUCUCUAUAAUGUCUGCCACACAGGGUGGGAAAUCCGUGGUCGCUUCUGCAUCAUGCAGUGCUCGCACCACGGAUUUACCUGAAGGGGAAGUUUUAACACUUGGUUCUGGCACUGGAUGCCAUAUACCUCCAAGUCAACCCGCAGCACCUGUGGCCAAUCAUGACCCACCUUGGGCAGCGUUCUCAUGUAUGCUAAGUACACUUGUGACACGUCUUACGCCCCCUACGGAACCUUCGGUACCAUUACAGCCACAGAUUGUCCCUGUAGUCAAUCCGCCCUGGGCGGACACUCUGUCUACUCCGUUACAACAACUAAAUUUAACGGUUAGUAAAAAGUCUACCCCAUGCCCCGCCGGGGCCAAGUGGUCAGCUAAGCAGGCCAUUUCUUCCUCACAAUCCACUAAUAUUUCGGAUGAUUCUUCUGCUGAGGAUGGGGAAUAUACUGAUCCAUCAGACACUGAUACAGCUGAUUCUGAUGCAGAAUCUACAACACAGGUUGAUGUUCCUGACCUGGUGGAGGCUAUUAAGCUGAUUCUCCAAUUAGAUGAUGAGAUCGAGCCCACUACUGCGUCUAAGAAACAUGAUAAGUUCAAAUGGAAAGCAAAAGGUCAGGCAUACCCAAAACAGGCUCGUGCCUCCAAAACCACUAAGCCCAAAACGAAACAAUCUUGGGCCGUCCGUCAGCCUGCUUCCAAACAAGACAAGCCUGCUUUCUUAGAACUCGCCCUGGUUAUCUACCUAAGGUGGUGUCAUCUUUCCACCUUAAGCAAGAGAUUGUGGUUUAACUCUUGUGGAUUGUCUUCCAAAGAACAGUCUUUAGAUGUGGUACGGGCUCUCCGUAUAUAUGUGGACUGCCUCCAUCAGGAGGACUCCUUGUUCUCCUUUACGCUGAAGAUAGUUCCUAAUGACAUUGGCUGCAUGUUUGGGGCUGUCCUGCUGAAUAAUUUUGCAGCCAAGGAUGCCUCCCUGAUGGCUCCACCGGAAUUUUCCAUGGUUUGGAGAGUACUGGGAAACAAACUGUUAAACUUUCAGGUCCAGGAUGCACUGGUGAUUCCUCCUAUAUACCCCAGCCCCAGGCUAUCCAGUUUAGUGAACAAGUCCAAGCUAGACAUUGUUAGUAAAGGUGUUGGAACCUUAGCAAGCAUAUACACACGCACGCUCAACAUGUCUAAAGGCAACAAAAAGCAACAAGCGGCAGCGGCCACCCUGAGCCUGAAGAAAUACGCAUACUCAAACACCAAACCAUCAGAUCAAGAGACCACAACACAACUCGACGUCUCAGACUCGGAGGACUCCGACCAUUCUCCUCUGACACGAAAAGAUCUCCACCUGCUUUUCUGCGAAAUCAAGGAGACAAGGAGAUCUGUACAAGCGGUACAGGCGGAGGUCCACACCGCUAUUACCUCUCUUAAAGCCGACAUCUCAGACCUGGGGGACAGGACAGACCACUUGGAGUCCAAAAUGGACGAAGUGGUCGCCUUUCAGCAGGGGGUGGAGGAUGAUGUCCAUACCCUGAAACAAGAAAUGCGCCUAAUCCUGGAACACCAGGAGGACCAGGAUAAUCGGGCGCGCCGGAAUAAUCUUCGCAUCAGGGGGAUCCCUGAGGAAGUUGAUAUGACAUCCCUCCCCGGCUUCCUCAAGAAAUUGUUUAUCCAUCUCUCGCCCUCAACGCCGGAAGAUCAAUUUCUGCUGGAUAGGGCUCACAGAGCUCUUCGCCCCCGCUCUCAAGACCAAGCACAACCCAGAGAUGUUAUUCUACGCUGCCACUACUAUUCGGCUAAGGAGGACUUGCUGCGGGAGACUAGAAAGCUUCCCAAGCUGGAUUUUCUAGGACAUUCCCUACAAAUAUUUCAGGACAUUGCUCCCAGUACGCUAAUUAAAAGAAAGGAAUUCCGUCCUAUCACUAUGGCUCUGCGGGAUAAGGGCAUUCGAUAUAGAUGGGGAUUCCCCUUCUGCAUACUUGUGUGGCACCAUAACCGCCUACACUCGGCAAGGGACCUAGCUGAAGCUAAAGUCCUCCUACGCAACCUAGGUGUUACCCCGUCUCUGCCUAUGCCCGAAUCUCCGCAGCGGAUGAAUGUGGCUCCCCCCGCAGAAUCGCCCGACACUCCGAGACGCUCUCUGAACCGCGACUGGACACGUGUUCCAUCAACAUGGAAAGCUGCCUCUAGCUGCGGUGUCUGGAGGGAGGCGAUGAAGCGAUUCGAGAUCCGGUCGGUCAUGGCUCUUAAAAUCUAUUCGCACAACGUUAAAGGUUUGAAUAGCCCCUACAAACGCACUAAACUAUUCCUCUCCCUUAAACAGGCCAAGGGAGAUUUAGUCUUCCUACAGGAAACGCAUUUUAAGAAGUCCCUACACCCCGACUUAAAAUCCAAAGCUUAUCCCCUUACGUUUCAUGCAUGCGAUGCCACACAUAAGAAGAGAGGGGUUUCCAUUCUGAUAGCUCCUCACCUCACGUUUGAAUUGCUGGACAGUCAUGCAGAUAAAGCAGGUAGAUGGCUUAUCCUAGUGGGGAAGCUAAACGAUAGCCUAUGUACCCUAAUUAACAUUUACGCCCCAAACCAAAACCAAGCUACAUUCUUCGGGAGAAUAAGUGCACAGCUGACUAGCCUCGGCCGAGGAGAAGUCAUCAUGGCUGGAGAUUUUAAUGAGGUACUAGAUGCCUCCCUGGAUAGGUCAAACCCUCCCCGUCCUCGGUCCCCUCACCAUCCCCGCCCGACUUUGGCGUCCCUUGCUUUGCUAAACCUUUUGAAAACCCACUUGCUAUUCGAUUCAUUUAGGGUAUCUGAACCACUGACCAGAGACUACACCUUUUAUUCCUCGGUACACAAAACCUACUCUAGAAUUGACAUGAUCCUACUCAGCCGGGAUAUAUCCUCAAAAAUGAAAUCUGCCGGCAUUCUCCCUAUGAUAUGGUCUGACCAUUGCCCGAUCACUGCCGAACUCCAAUCCAUCACCCCACGACCUCCCCCCAUUUCCUGGCGUCUGAAUGACUCCAUCUUACACAACCAAGAAGUCACCACUCAAAUUAAAGACUGCCUGGCCGAAUACUUCCUUCUCAACGACUCCCCAGAGAUUUCCUCUACUACUCUGUGGGAAGCACACAAAGCAGUCCUCCGAGGCCAUCUGAUAAGCCAGAUGGCUAGGUUUAAAAAAUCCCAGAAGAUUAGUUUCCUCUCCCUCUCUACGAAACUCCAGGCCCUUGAGCGUCAGCAUAAACUUUCCCCUACCCUGUCUAAUCUAGAGCCCCUACUAGAGGCUAGGAACGCAAUGUCACUCUCUCUGUCGGAACGCACGGCGAAGACUCUUCAGAGGCUUAACCAGACCUUUUACGAGAAAGGCGACAAAGCCGACAAAAUCCUGGCAUCUCGCCUUAAAGCACAAAGAUCCCGUAACAAUAUCUUAGCGGUAAAUUCCGAAUCUGGUGAACUCACAUAUGACCCAGGGGGUAUAAACAGGGAAUUUCGAGAUUAUUACGCCAAGCUAUAUAACUUAAACCCCAAGGCACCAAACCCCAACCCUCCUGAUGCAUUAAUCUCAGAAUUUCUCCGCCGAGCAGACCUCCCCCAACUAUCGGUCACUGACUCGGUAGCUCUGAACAGUGACAUCACGGAGGAGGAAAUAACGGCCGUCCUGAGAAACCUUAAAUCCUCUAAGGCCCCUGGCCCUGAUGGCUUUUCGGCCUCAUAUUACAAAAAAUUUGCCCCCCUGUUGGUCCCCCAUCUGCGGGUACUAUUUAACGCAGUCCUACACGGCGCCCCAUUCCCAAGUACCAUGCUGGAGGCCAGAGUAAUAGUUAUACAUAAAGAGGGCAGAGACCCAAGAAAUUGCGCUAACUAUCGCCCCAUAUCCUUAUUGAAUCUGGAUAUUAAAAUAUAUGCAAAGAUCUUGGCCACCCGCCUCAACGGUGUGUUAUCUGAACUGAUACACUAUGAUCAGGUGGGAUUUAUCCCAGGACGCCAAGCAAGAGACAACACUAGAAAAGCGAUCAACAUUAUCCACCUAUUGAAUAACAGGCAAACCCCAUCUAUUAUCCUUUCCUUAGACGCUGAGAAGGCGUUCGAUCGUAUCUCUUGGCCGUUCCUUUUGCAGACGCUUCAGGCGUACGGGAUAUCGGAGGAAUUUCUCACAGGGGUCUCAGCACUCUAUUCCUCUCCGAUAGCAAAAGUCCUUACUAAUGGGAUAUUGUCCCCCUCCUUCCCAUUGACUAAUGAAACUAGACAGGGAUGCCCUCUCUCCCCCCUGGUGUUUGCCAUGGUCAUCGAACCAUUAGCAGCCAUGAUAAGGAAGUCCGGCAGUGUUCGGGGAGUACAGAUGGGCGCACAGGAGUCCAAGAUCUCCCUCUUCGCCGACGACGUUCUACUAUCUCUAACCCAACCGCAAUCUUCCCUACCCGCCCUAUACAAGAUCAUAGAGGAAUAUGGUUCCCUCUCGGGAUAUAAAAUAAACUACUCUAAAUCGGAGGCCAUGCUGCUCCAUGUCCCUGGAGACCUCAGGCGCUCCCUACAGUCCUCUUUUGACUUGCGUUGGCAGACUAAUAAGAUCAAAUACCUAGGAGUCUAUAUUACCUCCCACUAUAACUCCCUAUACUCUGAAAAUUUUCCACAAAUACUGAGCAAGAUCAAAUCAGAUUUGACAAGAUGGAGGACCCACAUCAUAUCCUGGCUGGGUAGGAUAAUUGCCCUCAAAAUGACAGUUAUGCCACAACUUCUAUAUCUUUUUCAGACCCUGCCUGUGAGGGUCCCGGAGAGGGUCCUCAGGGAUGCCCAGGCCUCAUUUGUGAAUAACAGAGGCUUUAGUCGUACCUCCUGUAUUCUCCCUGAUUCUUUGAUAAUGGACACAGACAGACAUCAGAAGAUGGAGAGGAUAAUAAAUCUCUCCCUAGAGAUCAUCUACCUGCUUACUGGGGAGGAUUAUGCAGUAGUGAAAAAGACAAGGGAUUUUGAGACACACAGCAGUCGUCUCCGAGUGACAAGAGGACUGAGCAGGACCCAGAGCCCCAUCCCGGUGUCUCCACCUCACUGUCUGAUACAUGAGAGACACAAUGACCAGAAGAUCCUGGAACUCACCAACAAGAUCAUUCAGCUGCUGACUGGAGAGGAGGGGGAGUAUAUAGAGGAACACAGGGGUCUGUAUAAGGACGUGAUGAUGGAGAAUCACCGGCCCCUCACAUCACUGGAUGGGCCCAGUAACAGAGAUACCCCAGAGAGAUGUCCCCGUCCUCUGUAUUCCCAGGAUUGUACAGAGGAGAAUCACAGGACCCCACAGGAGGAUCAGGUUGAAGAUAUGAAGGCAGAAGAUAUAGAGGGAGAAGAAGAGAUGUAUGUGACUGAUAUAAAGACAGAAGAUAUAGAGGGAGAAGAAGAGACGUAUGUGACUGAUAUAAAGGCAGAAGAUAUAGAGGGAGAAGAAGAGACGUAUGUGACUGAUAUGAAGGCAGAAGAUAUAGAGGAAGAAGAAGAGACAUAUGUGACUGAUAUAAAAGCAGGAGAUAUAGAGGGAGAAGAAGAGACGUAUGUGACUGAUAUAAAGACAGAAGAUAUAGAGGGAGAAGAAGAGACGUAUGUGACUGAUAUGAAGGCAGAAGAUAUAGAGGGAGAAAAAGAGACAUAUGUGACUGAUAUAAAGGCAGAAGAUAUAGAGGGAGAAGAAGAGACGUAUGUGACUGAUAUGAAGGCAGAAGAUAUAGAGGGAGAAGAAGAGACAUAUGUGACUGAUCUAAAGGCAGAAGAUAUAGAGGGAGAAGAAGAGACAUAUGUGACUGAUAUUAAAAUAGAAGAUAUAGAGGGAGAAGAAGAGACGUAUGUGACUGAUAUGAAGGCAGAAGAUAUAGAGGAAGAAGAAGAGACAUAUGUGACUGAUAUAAAAGCAGGAGAUAUAGAUGGAAAAGAAGAGACAUAUGUGACCGAUAUAAAGGCAGAAGAUAUAUCGGGAGAAGAAGAGAUGUCUGUGACUGAUAUAAAGGCAAAAGGUAUAUCGGGAGAAGAAGAGACAUAUGUGAGGGGUGAUCAGCAUUGUAAGGCGGAGGAGAUCCCUACAGAUAUCAGCACAGCAGUUGGACACCUCAGCAGGAAUAUCUCAGAAGAAUAUCUCCAUUUCUCCUCAGAUGGUGAAAUCAAAGAUAACCUCACACAAGAUGUUCAUGGAGAAAACUCUAUUACUCCAUCUGGUCCCACUUCUCAUGGAGAAUGUUCCCUUGAUAACUCAGAUAUUGGUAUAUCUAUUGCAGCUCUUAGAGUAGAUAUGACUUUGCCUUCUUCUAUAGAUACCAAAUAUUUUACACUGAACACAAAGUGUAUUACCCAUCCCCCAGCUAAGGCAGGUGAGAGGCAGUUUUCAUGUUCUGAGUGUGGGAAAUGCUUUAAACGAAAACAGAUUCUUUUUAGACAUCAGAGAAUUCACACAGGUGAAAAACCAUUUUCAUGUUCUGAGUGUGGGAGAUGUUUUAAACAAAAAGGACAUCUUAUUAUACAUCAGAGUAUUCACACAGGUGAGAGGCCAUUUCCAUGUUCUGAGUGUGGGAAAUGUUUUAGACAGAAAUCAAAUCUUGUUACACAUCAGAAAACUCACACAGAUGAGAAGCCAUUUCCAUGUUCUGAAUGUGGGAAAUGCUUUAGAGAUAAAUCGCAUCUUGUUAGACAUCAGAGAAGUCACAGAGGUGAAAAACCAUUUUCAUGUUCUGAGUGUGGGAAAUGUUUUAGAGAUAAAUCAGAUCUUGUUAAACAUCAGAGAAGUCACACAGGUGAGAAACUGUUUCCAUGUUCUGAGUGUGGGAAAUGUUUUAGCGAUAAAUCAGAUCUUAUUAAACAUCAGAGAAGUCACACAGGUGAGAAACCGUUUCCAUGUUCUGAGUGUGGGAAAUGUUUUAGACAGAAAUCAGGUCUUGUUAAACAUCAGAGAAGUCACACAGGUGAGAAACCGUUUCCAUGUUCUGAGUGUGGGAAAUGUUUUAGAGAUAAAUCAGAUCUUGUUAAACAUCAGAGAAGUCACACAGGUGAGAAACCGUUUCCAUGUUCUGAAUGUGGGAAAUGUUUUAGAGAUAAAUCGCAUUUUGUUAGACAUCAGAGAAGUCACACAGGUGAGCAACCAUUUCCAUGUUCUGAGUGUGGGAAAUGUUUUAGAGAUAAAUCACAUCUUAUUAAACAUCAGAGAAGUCACACAGGUGAGAAGCUAUUUCCAUGUUCUGAGUGUGGGAAAUGUUUUAGACAGAAAUCACUUCUUGUUAGACAUCAGAGAAUUCACACAGGUGAGAAACCAUUUCCAUGUUCUGAGUGUGGGAAAUAUUUUAGAGAGAAAUCAGAUCUUGCAUUACAUCAGAGACGUCACACAGGUGAGAAGCCAUUUCCAUGUUCUGAGUGUGGGAAAUGUUUUAGACGGAAAUCAAUUCUUGUUAUACACCAGAGAUGUCACACAGGUGAGAAACCGUUUCCAUGUUCUGAGUGUGGGAAAUGUUUUAGACAGAAAUCAGAUCUUAUUAAACAUCAGAGAAGUCACACAGGUGAGAAACCGUUUCCAUGUUCUGAGUGUGGGAAAUGUUUUAGACAGAAAUCAGAUCUUCUUAAACAUCAGAGAAGUCACACAGGUGAGAAACCAUUUCCAUGUUCUGAGUCUGGGAAAUGUUUUACAUUGAAAUCAAAUCUUGUUACACAUCACAAAACUCUCAGGGUUUUAAAGCCAUUUCCAUGCCCUGAGGGCAGUUAAUGCAGUCCAAUUUCACGCUGCCUGAGGAAGCAGACCGUAACAUGCGUUGCUCUUGGACACCACACAGAUUAUUGAUUUAAAAAAUUUUGUUUUAUUUUUGUUUAAAUUUCUAAUUGUUUUAAACCUAAAUGUUAUUUUAUCUUUCUGAAGUGGGGUACACUGGUAUUCCACAGGGAAUACAUCGGGGGUGUAAAGUUGGAUGUUGAUCCGAGGUACCAACAGGCUAAAGCUUUGACUGUUCCCAGGAUGCACUGCACCGCCUCCUCUAUAACCCUGCCUCCGGGCACUGGAGCUCAGUUUGUAAGUUGGUACCUGCAGUGCAGGUCGACUAACAAGUGGGGCUGCGCUACGCAGCCCUGAAAAGCUUUUUUAAGAAGACUUCAAGGGCUGCAGCACUGUUUAAUGUCAUUUUGACAUUCUGUGCUGCUGCUGCUGCUGCAUACUCCCAUGGCUGGGUUCCCGGGUACUUGCAGCGGAGGCGCACCGGUCUUCAGGCACACCACUGCUGAUGCUCUCCUGAAUUGCGUGGCUGCACAUCAGGGAGGAGGUAAGAGGGUCCCCCAGGUGGGACCCACCGGUAAAUCGCGGUCCGUUCGCAGUCCCAGGAGAUGGACCGUGCUGCUGGCGUGGACACUGUACUGCACAGGGACCCCACUAUAUCCACCAGGGCAGGGAGCACAGGUCGGAUUUACUAAAACUCCGUUUUACAUUGGCUCCACAGUACCCGGUGGUGAGGACCAGCAGAGGGGAUAAUCCGCUGACCUGUAGCCCCUCCCACAGCUCCGUGCGCCAUGUACUGCUGGUUUUCCCGCCCUGGAGCUGCAUUUCCUCCUCCCUCACUCCCUGACAGGGAGUCUGGCGCCAUCUUUACACUAAUAGCUGGGCUGAUCUCCGGGACUGCAGGGCAAGGUCUCUGUAAAGCCGCCUGUCUCAUCAGCGCUGUGCAUUUACAGGACACCUAAGUAUUCUACAUGUCAUUUUAGACAGUGUUAGUUAUGAACAAGUGUACUGCUAUAUGAAUAUUUAGUACAAGUAUUCUGUGAUCUAUAUCCAGUAGUUAAUGUGCAUUGUUAUAUCUGUAUCCAUACAUAUCUAUAUGUAUUUUUACUAGUCUAGUGCAGUUUUAUUGUUUAUCUGUAAUAACUUCUGCAUUGUACCUGUGACUGAGUGUGCCUGUAGCUGCUGUGUGGAUUCCAUUCUCUUGUAUAUCACUACUUGCUAUCACUAUAUUCUGUACCCUGGGGGGCUAGGUGCGUCAGGGUCUCAUUUAUUUAUAUAUAGUACUACACAGUAUAUCCUGUUAGGUGUUUUUACUGUGUGUCUCCAUCGCCUUAUACCGCUUUAAUCGUCUGUUUGUGCCCUGUAUUUCCUGUCACAUAACACAGGGUUAUUUUCAGGUGAUAUAUAGAUGAGCGAUCUCCAAGCGCUGCUAUACACAGUUCAGGUUCGUAUAUCCCCGUACUCAAAAAGAAAACAUAAUACAAGAUCCAUCCAUUAGCAGAUUUCAAAAUCUUUUUAAUCAAUCCUGAAUCUUGCCACUGGAAACUGACCUGUUAAAAAAAAAAAUGCAUUCCCAUAAAGGUUUCUUUAAGACUUCAUGUAACAUCAAACUCCUAAUGUGGGGCCCAUCUGAACACGGCUUACAUUUUUAAUUAGCCCUAUGUGCACCAAAAGGUAUCUUUGGGUCCUUGCUUGUAAAUGGACUCUCUAUCUUCCCCACAGAUGGCACCACCAUAUUCGAUAGGACAGCAGAUCGUUUUAAAAUAUAUAUUCCAAUAAUAUCUUAGGUAAAAAUGGUCAGGCGUACCCGAGACAGGCUCGUGCCUCCAAAACCACUAAGCCCGAAACGAAACAAUCUUGGGCCAUCCGUCAGCCUGCUUCCAAACAAGACAAGCCUGCUGAAUGAGUGGGUGGACCUCCCUCUGGGGGACCCCAGGGUGGGAGGCUGACUUCUGUUGUUCGCCCAGGUCUGGUUGAAGACCACUUUGGAUGCCUGUGUGCGAGAAGUUUUCUCUCACGGGUAUAUAUUCUCUUUCAAGAAACGCCCCUUCACCAGUUCUGCAUGAUGGUUAUCCAUGCGGACCCGUUGAAACUGCAAGCUCUCCACUUGGUUGUACAAUCCCUCCUGGACACAGGAGUGGAAGUGCCGGUACCUCUGUCCCAGAGCGGCAGGGGAUACUAUUCGACCCUGUUUCUAGUUCCGAAGCCAAAUGGGUCCUUCCGGCCUAUACUCAACCUCAAAUCAUUGAACAUAUUUGUGAGUGUCCAAAUUCCGUAUGGAAACUGAGCUGUAUUGUAUUGGCCAUGGAACCCGAAGACUAUAUGGUAUCCCUGGAUAUACAGGAUGCUUACCUGCAUAUACCUAUUGCCUUAUCACAUCAGCAAUAUCUGCAGUUUGCUAUUAUCAAUUCCAGGCUACCAUUUGGACUGACGACGGCUCCUCGGAUCUUCACCAAGGUCAUGGCCGUGAUGACGGCUCAUCUCCGCCGUCAGGGAAUCAGAAUCCUGCUGUAUCUGGACAACUUGCUGAUCCUGGUGAACUCCCGAGAUGUUCUCCUCAGUUAUCUGGAACUGACGUCCAAUUCCUACAAGCCCACGGGUGGCUCAUCAACUGGAAAAAGUCCUCGCUGGUCCCUGCUCGGAGCAUGGUGCACCUGGGGGCACUACUGGACACACACAAACAGAGAUUGUUUCUGGCUCUGGAGAAAGUCCUGAAACUUUAGGACAGGAUUAGAUACUUCCUCUCUCACCCAAGAGUGACGAUACACUCGACGAAUCAAGUACUAGGCCUCAUGGUGUCGGCUUUCGACAUGGUGGAGUACGCUCAAUUUCAUUCCCGCCCUCUGCAGAGGUUAAUCCUAUCCAAGUGGGACGGCCUGCCUCAUCGGAUCAGGUCUCAUAUGAUCUCCUUGACUCCGGCAGUUCGUCUGUCACUAAGCUGGUGGCUACAGGACCAGCAGUUGAGCAGGGGCUGUCCCUUCUGGAUCUCCAACUGGGUCCUCCUGACAACGGACGCCAGUCUGCGAGGUUGGGGUGUGGUGUUGGAGCAACACUCUCUCCAGGGUCGGUAGACCAGGGAGGAAUCUCUCCCGAUAAACAUUUUGGAAUUGAGGGCAGUGUUCAAUGCGCUGAUGCUUGCCCUGCCUCUGGUACAGAACAGGCUUGUUCAAGUACAAUCAGACCACUCCACCACGGUGUCGUACAUAAAUCAUUAAGGUGGCACUCAAAGCCACAUGGCAAUGCUGGAAGUAUCAAAAAUCCUCCAUUGGGAGGAAUGCCAUCUGCCAGCAAUAUCGGCAGUGUUCAUUCCCAAAGUCCUCAACUGUGAAGUGGAUUUCCUCAGUCAUCAGGAUGUUCAUGCUGGAGAGUGGAGUCUUCAUCAGGAAGUCUAUCAACUCCUAGUGGACAAGUGGAGCCUACGAGAUGUAGACCUGUUGGCGUCUCGACACAAUUAGAAAGUUCCAGCCCUCGGAUCAAGAACCAGGGAUCCUCAAGCAGCAUUCGUGGACACACUGGCAAUUCCAUGGAACUUUCGGCUGCCAUGCGUGUUCUCUCCAGUGCCACUCCUGCCCAGGGUACUAUAGAAGUUCAAGUAAGGAGAAAUACUACUUCUAGUCGCUCCAGCGUGGCCCAAACGGCAUUGGUUCUCAGACCUGCAGGGUCUAUUGAUAGAGCGUCCUCUUCUACUUCCUCAAUGCCCAGACCUCCUCGUUCAGGGCCCUUGUGUCUACCCGGACCUGGCUAGACUGGCUUUGCCGGCGUGGCUCUUGAAGCUUCACUCCUGAGAGCCAAAGAAUUCUCAGAGGCGGUUAUCCAAACUGCUAAAGGCCCGCAAACCGGCUUCUGCACGGAUUUAUUAUAGGGUCUGGAAUUUUUACUUCACCUGGUGUGAUGCUAAGAAUUACAAUGCUUCCAAGUUUAGUACUUCCAGACUUCUGGCUUUUUUGAACAAGGCCUGGAUUUAGGAUUUUGUCUCGCCUCCCUCAAGGUUCACAUCUGCCUUGUCGGUGUGGUUUCAGAGAAAGAUUGCAUCUAUACCUGACGUUCAUACCUUCACUCAGGGUGUACUGUGGAUUCAGCAUCCCUAUGUCCCUAUGGGGGUUUGUCUGUGGUCCUGAAGGCCCUGCAAGAGUCUCCAUUUGAACCUCUUGAAUCAGUGGAGCUUAAAUGGCUCACAGCCAAGGUCCUAUUUCUGCUGGCUAUUGCCUCUGCUAGACAGGUGUCAGACUUAGGAGCUUUGUCCUGUCAUCCACCCUUUUUGAUUUUUCAUCAUGACCGUGCAGUUCUUAGAACUCGCCCAGGUUAUCUACCUAAGGUGGUGUCAUCUUUCCACCUGGUUCCGGCCUUUAACUCUUCUGGAUUGUCCUAUGUGGAGAGGACUGCCUCCAUUAGGUCAGAUACCCUUUUUGUACUGUUUGUUUUUCACAAACGUGGCUGGCUUGCGAACAAGCAAACCUUGGCCAGAUGGAUUAGAAUUGUGAUUGUACAUGCUUAUGUAUUGGCUGGUCGUCCGGUUCCUGCUGCUAUUAAAGCACAUUCUACUCUGUUGGACCUUCGUGGGCGGCCCGCCGUGGCGCAUCCGGGUCCUCAGUGAACAUGUUCAUUAGGUUCUAUGCCUUUGAUACUUCCGCCUCCCAGGAUGCUUCCUUUGGACGCCGUGUUCUUGUGCCCACUACGGUUCGCCCCCUCCCAUGAGGAACUGCUUUAGGACAUCCCCAAUGUAGGCCCUGUGGAAUCCCAGUGUACCCCGCUGCAGAAAAGGAGAUUUAUGGUAGACUUACCAUAGUUAAAUCUCUUUCUGCGAGGUACACUGGAUUCCACAGGGCGCCAUCUGCCAUCUCUUACCUGCUGCUGCAAUGGACUGGUUAACGAAAUUGAGCUCCAGUGUGCAGAGGCGGGGUUAUAGAGGAGGCGGUGCAGUGCAUCCUGGGAACAUUCAAACCUUUAGCCUGUUUGUGUCUCGGAUCAAGAUCCAACUCUACACCCCCGGUGUAUUCCCUGUGGAAUCCAGUGUACCCCACAGAAAGAGAUUAAACUAUGGUAACUCUUACCAUAAAUUUCCUUUUCAAUUGCUGUUUUUAAUAAUAUUAUGCUGUGAAGUCUUUAGUGUUUCUUAUUUUGAUCAUUUUGUGCAUUAAUAACGUGAGUAUAUUAUAGGAGCUCUUCAUUUCAGGACUGAACAGUGUAUCAUUUACGAUUUGUUAAUGUAAAAUACAGUUGUUAUUGUCUGAACUUACAGGAGUAUCAAUCAUCCAUGACAAGGCUAUUCAAUUAUAUUAAACCCAUGUACUUAGUUGCACGAUGGUGGUCCAGUCCGAUCGUGUGGUUCCAGAGCACAAAAGAGCGAUUCAUUCCUAGUAGCAUAAAAAUAUAAGUACAAGUACCACCAAUUACAGUCUUUGCCCGGGGCAGCGUGGUACAAUGUAUACACAGCAAACAAUAUAGAAGUACCCUAGUAACACACAGUACAGUUUAGGUAAGUUGGUCACUACACCACAGGUUACAGCAGGGGUGGCCAACCAGUCAGAGGCAAAGAGCCAGAAAAGAUCUGUAGUCAAGGCCACACACACUACUGAGCCUCAUUUUGACUUGUUUUAAGGACAUUACAUCAAAGUUGGAUCAGCCUGUAGUGUGUUUUUCCGCUUUCAUUUUGAGGGUGACUCCAAAUCCAGACCUCUGUGUUAAUAAAUUUGAUUUCCAUUGAUAAUUUUUGUGUGAUUUUGUUGUCAGCACAUUCAACUAUGUAAAGAACAAAGUAUUUAAUAAGACUAUUUAAUUCAUUCAGAACUAGGAUGUGUUAUUUUAGUGUUCCCUUUAUUUUUUUGAGCAGUAUAUUUACCAGCCAAACCGUAACUAUAUGCCGGGCUGAAUAAAACAGACAUCCAUGAGAUCACUUCCAAAAUCACAUAUAUUCAUACAAGUAUAUACAGUGCAAUAUUUACACAGGAAAUUAUAUUAUGUCAUAAAGAAAACAAACGCUGAUAUACAAUAAUGUAUGAUAUUGAAAUGGAAUAUUUACGUAUAUGAAAAAUAAUAAAUAUACAGAAAACUUCA